GUGCAUGAUCAAAGGAUCGUACACUGUGACCUGGAGCCAGAGAAUAUUCUCCUGACGGACCCGCCCAACGUGAAGAUUUCCGAUUUUGGGCUAGCGAAGGCCAGACAAUCUUCAAGGGGAGCAUCUAUCGCGAGCCGGCGUUCCUCCCAGAAUUUCUGCGGCACCCCAAUAUACCUCGCGCCUGAGGUGGCCGUGCUCGACGCGUUCCCCGCACCGGACGGGUACUCGAACCUCAUUGACAGCUGGCGUGAUCGUCUUUGUGUCCGUUCGGGCGCCGCGAUCGAUGCAACGCCCUGA